ACGACCAGACUCUUCGACAACAUUCAACGGUAAAGUCGACAACCGUCAAGAUGCCUCGUGGACCUAAGAAGCACCAAAAGCGCUUGAGCGCCCCGGCGCACUGGCUCUUGGACAAGAUGUCCGGAACCUAUGCUCCUCGCGCCUCUGCUGGUCCUCACAAGCUCCGUGACUGCCUUCCCUUGAUCGUGUUCAUCCGCAACCGUCUCAAGUACGCCCUCAACGGCCGUGAAACCAAGGCCAUCCUCAUGCAGCGUCUUGUCCAGGUCGACGGAAAGGUCCGCACCGAUCCUACUUUCCCCGCCGGUUUCAUGGACGUCAUCUCCAUCGAAAAGACCGGCGAGAACUUCCGUCUCAUCUACGAUACCAAGGGCCGCUUCACUGUGCACCGCAUCCAGGCCGAAGAGGCUGAAUACAAGCUCGGCAAGGUCAAGCGUGUUCAGCUUGGCAAGGGCGGGAUCCCAUUCUUGGUUACGCACGAUGCGAGAACCAUCCGUUACCCUGACCCCUUGAUCAAGGUCAACGAUACCGUCAAGAUUGACCUCGCUACCGGCAAGAUCACCGACUUCAUCAAGUUCGAUACUGGUGUGAUCGCCAUGGUUACCGGUGGUCGUAACAUGGGUCGUGUUGGUGUCAUCACCCACCGUGAGCGACACGAUGGUGGUUUCAACAUUGUCCACAUCAAGGAUGCCGUUGACAACACCUUCGCUACUCGUGAAUCCAACGUCUUCGUUAUUGGACAGGAGAAGCCCUGGAUCUCCCUUCCCAAGGGUAAGGGUGUCAAGCUCUCUAUUGCCGAGGAGCGUGACCGCCGCCGUGCCUAUGCUCUUGCUCAGGGUGUUUAAACUACUGUGCUCGAGUAUAAAAACAAAAAUAGAAUGAGGAACGAACUUGGAUGAUACCAUUACUUUUCCAAGAUUCGAGAAAAAAGGGACUGCCACCUGUCACUGACGAGUGUAUGUCAAGUCGGUUCAGGAAGAUUUGUUUUUCUUGAGAAAUAGAGAAAUCGAUCGAAUUGACGAGUUAAUGACCCCCCC